AUGGGGGUGGCCUCGGAUUAUGUUUUUUUUCGGAAGGUAGGCCUCGAUUAUGUUGAUGUCACUGCUGGAGGGGGAGUUACACCAGGAGGAACAGCUACACCAUCAACACCCCCAACCUUAACAGCACCAGCGCCGCCUAGGACUACCACACCACUCUAUGGCGGUGGAGGACUAACACCGGGCAUGGGACCUGAAGUGCCCACAACACAGAAUUCUAAGGCUUCGUCGGAGUUCUCAAUUGCUGCUAUCUUAGUCCCCCUCUCUUUGUUACUUGCUCCCCCAUUUAUUCUUCAACCUAUGUAAGGCCUUUGAAACAGAAGCACAUUAUCUUAGUGUGGAGAUUAGAUUAGUACAGUUUUGUCAGAAGCUGGAGCCAUCUUUUGUUACUGCAAACUAGUCUUUUAGAAUACCCUUGAACUUUGGUUAGCAGCCACUGGAGUUUUUUUCUUUUACCAAAUUACAGGAAUUUUC